AUGACCUCUUCCUGUACGGUCAUUCUGACAACAUCGCCGAUACCGUCCUGCCCAUCGACUGAACUCCUCGAGGAGAGCCUACAUUCUCUCCCCGCAGUGUUGAAGCAAGCGAAUCUCGUCAUUGUCUUUGACACGCCAAGUCGUCUGGCUGAGCAAUCUCGUCUCAAAAAAGGCUGGGUUGCUCCAGAAAUUGCCAAUGUAUACCCAGAAUACAUUUCGAGGGUAAAGAAUCUAUUUGGUCCAGUAGGUACAGGCUGGUUCGAGCACAAGGCAUCAGUCUCGAGACCUCAAGACGAGCAGUUCAAGUCAAGGGUGGUCUUCUUGCAGCCUGACCGUCGCAUGGGCUUCGGCUGGGCCGUGCACCUUGCACUGAAGUUUGUUGCCACACCUCUAGUUCUCGUUCUGCAGCACGAUUGGAUUUUCAGAUGCUGCUUGGACAGUAUGGGCGAUCUCAUUGAUAUUAUGCUACAAGAAUCAGCUGUGCAAUACAUCACUUUCAUCACGCGGGGCACUCAGCGUUAUCUCAGUACAACAGUCACCUCUCAUGCAAACUUUCAGGGCGUUUUCGAUCAAUUCUCGAAAGACCCCAGCAUGGAACGAAUAGCGAGUCUGGGUCUGGUGCCAUGUAUGCACUUCUUUGAUAGACCUCAUCUAUGCAACGUGGAUACGUAUCAAAAGGUGUUUGCCACUCGUAUUUGUAAGAGGGGUCAAUUUCUCGAGGACUCGUUCGGCACAUGCUAUCUCACGGGUAUACAGCAGGCAAAAGGCAAAGAAGAGGCCUUCGCAGCUUGGCAAGAGUUUGGAUGCUUUCUCUACUGCCCAGAAGACGGAUCCAACAUUGUUCUAUCACACACGCAUGGUAGGCUGGUCCUUGAAAAGAAGGCACAGAUGGAGCGAAUUCAAGCAUAUAUUGCUAAAAAUAACAAAGCGAUGGGAGAUAUCAACCACUGA